UUUAAUUUCUUCAUCUUGUCAUAAUAAAAUGUCUUCUAACAGUAUUAUAUGUAAUGGAUGCCAAACUACUAUUCGAGAUAGAAGAUAUUUGUUGUGCGGUGGUUGUAAUGGGUAUUAUGAUUUAAUUUGCGCUAACGUUUCUGAGCAGCGCUUUUAUAAUACCCUCACAAAGGAGCACAGGGACGCUUGGAGAUGUGUGGAAUGUAUUAGCAAGAAGCCCAAAAGAGAUAACACCAAUACACCCGUUCGUGUUGCUGUAGAUAGUAUCACAAUGCAGCGUGGAGCAGCAGUAAAAAGUCCUAUGGAGCUCGAUAUGUCUAUAGUGGAGCAGCCUCUGUCACUCACAUCGAAUCUUAAUGACACUGCCAAUAAUGUGACAGUGGAAAUGACAGAUUACCAGUCACUUGUUAUUGAAAUGCGAUCGUUUAAAGAGGAACUGAGGGAGGAUAUGAGAGUCAACCGCGAACAACUUAAAGUUAUGACAGAUACCUUGUCUGCGCUCAUAGGCAGGGUAGCUGAAUGUGAAAACCGCAUUGAUAAACUCAAUGACCGUUUGGUUCUAUUAGAGUGCAACACAAACACAGAUAAUGAACCUGGCAACAAAUCCCUAGCAGAGUCCAUUAAGCAGUUAAAGGCCGAAAUAAAUGAAAGGGACCAAGACCUUUUACUGAAUGACUUGGAUAUAUCUUGUGUUCCGGAGACCGGUGGCGAAAGCCUGCCACAUAUAUUAAAAACUUUGGCUAGUAAGCUAGGAGUUACUAUAAGCGAUCAAGAUGUCAUCAGUACGGAGCGCGUGGGCCGCGUGUUGGAGUUUCAGCAGUCAGACACGUCGAAACCGACCCAAGAGACCUCUACUCGCCCUCGUACCAUUGUGGUGCGGUUGGCACGGCGUGCAGUACGGGAUGAGCUGUUGAGAGCUGCUCGAGUGCGCCGUGGUGCAACUACUGAGGGGUUGCACCUCCCAGGGGUUCCGAGACGGUUUUACAUAAACGAGAGAUUGACUAGAGUUAACAGGAUGUUGUUUCGACGAGCGCGUGAAUUAGCGGAGCGGCUUAACUGGCGCUACGUGUGGACGAGAGGUGGUCGAAUAUUUGCACGUCAAUUCCAUGGCCAUGACUGUCCGCGAUUCCGCCUAAAAACGGAGGAGGAUCUCGAACGCAUUUUUGGUCCAGAUCCAUUUCGUUCUUCAGCCAUUAACUAAGUUAAAGAGUGGAUAUGUUUCCAGUGACGUAUCUGGCG